AUGGAUUUGGCGGGGUUCGGCCUGGAGCGAGUGGCGAGCCUGGAGGAGGGCAGCGACGCCGAGGACUGGGAGGAGCCCGCCCGCCACGACGCCAACGGCGCCACGGAGGCGACCGGCAACGACUCCGCUGAAGCCGCGUCUCCGGCCGCCACGGACCGCCGCGAUUCUCCCAGUCGCGACGACUCGCAGUCGCAAUCGCCGUCGCGGUCGUCGCGAUCGUCGUCGUCGCAGUCGUCUAGGUCGUCGGCGUCGUCGCGGUCAUCGCACAGCGACGGGGAGAGUGAAGAUCGAGGCGCUGGGGACGAGAGGAGGGAAGGCAAUGGGGAGACAGAGGAGGAGAAGGAAGAGGGGUAUGACGGAGAAGGGAUGGGAGGGGAUGUGAAGGGCAGCGGUGGCGAGGAGGCGACGGGACGAGACCCGCGGGGUGAUGGCGGCAAGGAGGGGGGAAUGGCGGAUGGGGGGACGGGGCUGGGCGUGAACCUGGACUUUGAUGAGGACGACGGGAGUGACUAUAACGAGUCCAGUGACGGCGCGGGCGAGGCAGCAGAGGGGGAUGAGCGGCCGGCGAAGCGGAUGGAGGCGGGCGGGGCAGGCGAGGCGGAGGGGCUGCUGGUGCGCGUGGUGGCGGACCACUACAGCCGGCGCGACAACCAGCAGCGGCACGAGCGCGAGGCGAGUCCCAUCAUCCACCUGAAGAAGCUCAACAACUGGAUCAAGUCCGUGCUCAUCCGCAUGCACACCCACCCCGCCCGUGGCGCGCGCGUGCUGGACCUGGCGUGCGGCAAGGGCGGCGACCUGACCAAGUGGGCGCGCGUCAACGUGGGCUUCUACCUGGGCGUGGACGUGGCGGAGGGCUCCGUGCACGACGCCAUGGCGCGCUACAACGGUGACUCGCACCGCGGCCUCGCCGGGGGGGAGGGGGGGGACGGAGACAGACGGCAGAUGCGCUUCCCGGCGAAGCUGGCGUGUGCGGACUGCUUCGGCGUGGCGUUGGACCGCGAGUUGCUGCCGUGGGCGCCCUUUGACAUCUGCUCCACGCAGUUCGCGCUGCACUACUCCUUCGAGACCGAGCAGCGCGCUCGCUGCGGGCUGCGCAACAUCGCAGCGCUGCUGCGGCCGGGCGGCAUGUUCAUCGGCACCAUCCCCGAUGCCAACGUGCUCGUGCAGAAGCUGCGUGCCUCGCCGAACCUCAGGUUCGGCAACUCAGUCUACUCUAUAGAAUUCGCCCCGGAGUUCACCUCGAAGAAGUUCCCCUCGGCACGGCCAUACGGCAUCCGGUACGAGUUCCGGCUGGAGGACGCGGUGGACUGCCCCGAGUGGCUCGUGCCGUUCGCCUUCCUGCAGCGCCUGGCGGGCGAGUACGGGCUGCAGGUGGUCCACCACGCCAACUUCCACACCUUCAUCAAGACGCACGCCGCCGUCGAGCCGCACGCGUCACUGCUGCGGCGCAUCGUGGGCGAGCGGUGGCGCGAGGAGAUGACGGCGGACGAGUGGGACGCGGCGUACCUCUACUGCGUCUUCGUCUUUCGCAAGGAGGGCACUGCUGGGGCUGAGGGGGGUGGGGCUGUAGGGGAGAGGAGGGAGGAGCUGACACGUCAGCGUGCUGAGCUGGCGGCGUUCUUCCACGUGGGCAUGAACACGUUCACGGACCGCGAGUGGGGCACAGGCCGCGAGGACCCGCGGCUGUUCGACCCGGCGGCGCUCAACGCGACGCAGUGGGUGGACACCGUCAAGGCCGCCGGCUUCCAGCUGGUGGUGCUGACGGCCAAGCACCACGACGGCUUCUGCCUCUGGCCCUCCGCGCUCACCAACCACUCCGUGCGCCGCUCGCCCUGGAAGGCCGGCCGGGGGGACGUCGUCGCUGACGUGGCGGCGGCGGCGCGGGCGGCGGGCGUGGGGUUGGGGUUAUACCUGUCGCCGUGGGACCGCAACGCGCGGGCGUAUGAGGAGGGCGCUGCGGCGUACAACGCCUUGUAUGAGGGGCAGCUGCGCGAGCUGCUCACCCGGUCAGUGAGCGGGGAUGGGGAUGGGGUGGGGGAUGCUUAUGCGACAGUGGUGAGGGCAGUGGUGAAGACAGUGGUGAGGGCAGUGGUGAAGACAGUGGUGAGGGCAGUGGUGAAGACAGUGGUGAGGGCAGUGGUGAAGACAGUGGUGAGGGCAGUGGUGAAGACAGUGGUGAGGGCAGUGGUGAAGACAGUGGUGAGGGCAGUGGUGAAGACAGUGGUGAGGGCAGUGGUGAAGACAGUGGUGAGGGCAGUGGUGAAGACAGUGGUGAGGGCAGUGGUGAGGGCAGUGGUGAGGGCAGUGGUGAAGACAGUGGUGAGGGCAGUGGUGAAGACAGUGGUGAGGGCAGUGGUGAAGACAGUGGUGAGGGCAGUGGUGAAGACAGUGGUGAGGGCAGUGGUGAGGGCAGUGGUGAGGGCAGUGGUGGAAACUUCCUGUUCACCCCUUCACGUCCUCACUGCUGCCACUAACAACUCCUCUUCCCCUGUCCUGCUCCACCUCUCUCUCUGCUCCCUGCCUCCCUGUGGCAUUUUCUCUCCAUUCCUGCUUCGCCACUCCACUCACUCCCGUGGUGAGGGUGCGAUGCAGCACGCUCAUAGGAGGAGCAGCUUGACCCCAAGCCACACCCAAGCCACGUGUGCCGCCCUCCCCUGCCGUCCCGCCUGCGCCCUGCCUUGCAGCUACGGGCCCGUGGCGGAGGUGUGGCUGGACGGCGCCAAGGGGGACCGCCGCCCCAUGACCUACCACACUGCCACGUGGCAGGCUCUCAUUCGGCAGCUGCAGCCGGCAGCGGCGGUGUUUUCAGCGCAGGGCCCCGACAUGCGAUGGGCGGGCAACGAGCGCGGCGAGGCGGGCGAGCCGUGCUGGGCCAUGGUGAACGGCAGCCAGCUCACGCUGGAGGGGUGGGACACGGACCAUGCAUGCCAUCCCAACCCCACACCCCUACAUCCCACCCUCCUAACCACCCAUAACCCAUCCGCCACCUGCAGCUACCUGAACCACGGUGACGUGGCGGGCACGGACUGGAUGCCAGCGGAGUGUGACGUGUCCAUCCGCCCGGGGUGGUUCUGGCACCCGUCAGAGCGCCCCAAGCCCCCCGCCCACCUGCUGGACCUCUACUUCGCCUCAGUGGGGCGCGGGUGCUCGCUGCUGCUCAACGUGCCGCCCAACACCACGGGCCUGCUGCAUGGGGAGGACGUGCAGCGUGUGGGGCAGUUGGGCCGCGCGCUCUCAGUGCUGUUCCAGGAGGAGGUCAGCGCCGGUGCUCGCGUGCACGCCAGCACCGUGUAUGGCUGCGAGGGGGGAUGGAGGCGGAAGGAAGAGGAGAAGAGGGUUUUACCAAGGGAAUGGUUUGGGUUGGGGUUAUGGGGAUGGUGGGGGGGUUGGGGGCGAGGGAGUGGGUGUGAGUACGGGCCUGAGAAUGUGCUGAGUGCUGGGGAUGGCACCUUUUGGGCGGCCGAGGAUGGGGUGCUGUCUGCCACUGUCCAGUUCGACCUCGGGCAGGUGAAAACCUUUCAUGUGGUUCGGCUGGAGGAGCCUGUGGCGUACGGGCAGAGAAUAAAAUCGUUCACAGUGGAGGUGCUCGACCCAGACCCUGCUGGUGCAGCCGCCGCCAUUCCAGCUGCCCCUGCGGCCGACGUUGGUGGUGCCGGUGCUGGUGGGUGUGGGCCAGGCGGGUGCAAUUCCGGGGAUGGUGUGCUGCCGUCCCUACCUGCGCUGCCGGGCCUGGGAGAGCAUGCGCUCCACACACUGCAUGGCGCCCAGGGGGCGGCACGCAGCAUGCUGGGGAGGACAGGGAGUGCUGGGAGGGCGGGGGAGUGGAGGGUGAUAGCGAGGGGUAGUACGGUGGGGCGCAAGAGGCUGUUUCGGUUGGAAGCAGUGAGCGCGCGGCAUGUGAGGCUCGUCAUUCACGAUGCCAGGGCUGUCCCGCUGCUCUCCUUCUUUGCGCUCUACAGAAGCGGCGAUUUGAGCACCAUAUGA